ACCUGAACCUGAACCUCGUCGUUCAGCUCCCAGACAAGUGAGACGUUGAUGCCAGGUGAGCGAUAGUCACUCCAAAUCUCUUGGUUGACACCUCCGCUCUUAACAAGCUGGUCGCUUGCCCGCCUCCCGUCAUAAAACACUGGGACGCCAUCAAUACCUCAACCUUCAUCGCCAUUUCGCACGUCAUAUCGGACAUCGCAGCUGAGCAAACUCAUCCCAAGCAGGCUUAGUGGUACACCCGCCGGCGUGAGCAGUGAGCGCCUAGGUUGUCAUGGCGUCAAGCCGACGAAAGGUGUUUCGGGUCACCGGUCUUCCGAUGAAGAAGUCAGAAGCCGGCACAACAGUCACCUUAGACCCUACCCAAGUACAAGCCCUCCUCAAGAAGGCGAUCGAGAAGGAAAUCGGACCCCAUGAGCUCGCACAUAUCCAGCCGCGAACGGUUUGCAUAGUUCCUUCAUGCAUACCGAACAACACGUACAAUGCUUUAGUGGAUUUUUCCGGAGGCGAGCCGACCUUCUUGGGUGAGCUUAUACGGAAUCCACUCUCAGCAUGGCAGAUCGAGAUGGAAGUCGGCAAUGAUAUUGAAGACAUCACCUUUGAUCUGCAUUUCCAUGGGUUUACACAACUUUACGCCACGGUUACCGACCAUCCCAUUAUCGCGGACAUCAUUGCCAUCACUGGUCUCGACGGGAACGCAUAUGGUUCCUGGAGGAGUCGUGGAAACCUUGGCCGCAUGUGGCUGCGUGAUUACUUGUCCAAAGAUAUGCCUCGAUGUCGGUCGAUGAUAUACGGCUACAACUCAGUUGUUGAGCAGGGGCGUUGAUACCCUGGCCGACUACAGUCGACAUUUCCGAGAGUCUAUUAAGAGCAUCAGACACACAGCAGAACUACGACAAAGGCCACUUUUCUUUGUCGCUCACAGCUUUGGUGGCCUCAUUCUUGCACAUG